AUGAAUAAAGACGUAGAAUACGGACCGGAGGGAGUCACCUCGCCGACGGUAGCCGUCCACGUGGACCAGUACGAUGGAUCAGAUUUGGAACAUUCAAAACUCUUAUAUUCGCAAUCACCGACUCCGACUGUAACGCCAUCUGGUCAAAUGCGCAAAGUGAAAAGUUUUACCGAUACGCAUCGUAUACGCGAUAUAAAUGCUGCAUCUAGCGCCGCGUCUGCUAGGAGUCUUCGGCCAUAUGACCAAGUGAUCUCUUACCCCGACGGCUCCGAUGCCGGCACAAACCAAUAUGCCCCUUCCGUCCGUUCCCUGGCUUCCAUUGGGAUGGGUUGUACCGAUGGCCGGAAAAUGGUUAUACGUCGAGUUCCGACUUCUCCUACCGAACUGUUUCAUCUCGUUCGCCCUCCUACGCCUCCGGACGAAGAAACCGUAUCCCACGAGAGCGAUUGUGGCGAGGAAGAGGAGGAUGCGGAAACCGUACAUCUCAAGCCUCGUAGACCGUUUUGGGCCAAUAAAAUGCAAUUUGUUUUAGCGUGUGUGGGCUACUCGGUGGGGCUUGGGAAUGUGUGGCGCUUUCCCUAUUUAUGCUACAAAAGCGGAGGAGGAGCCUUCUUGAUCCCCUACUUCAUAAUACUCCUGGUGUGCGGCGUGCCUAUGUUAUUCAUGGAACUAGCGAUAGGCCAAUACACGGCGCAUGGUCCCAUCGGAGCUCUGUCACAGAUAUGUCCACUUUUCAAAGGUGCCGGGCUUGCCAGCGUUGUAAUCUCCUUCUUAAUGUCCACUUACUACGCGGUGAUAAUAGCAUGGGCGAUAUACUAUUUCUUUACAUCGUUUAAGUCUGAAGUACCCUGGGCAACUUGUUCCAAUCGAUGGAAUACGCCUUCUUGUUGGAUCCCAAAUCACAAUAUAACGAAACCAAACGGUUCACAAACACCGACAGAACAAUUCUUCGAGAAAAAGGUUCUCAGUAUGAGCGAUGGUAUUGAAUUUCCUGGAGGUAUGCGAUGGGAAUUAGCAGCGUGUCUCGUUUGUGCCUGGUUACUCGUCUAUUUCGCACUGUGGAAAAGUAUAAAAUCAUCAGCUAAAGUGAGAUAUAUAACUACAACACUACCAUUCCUACUGAUCAUAGUAUUCCUCGGGAGAUCGCUAACACUCGAUGGAGCUGAUCAAGGUUUAAGGUUCUUUUUCAAGCCAGACUGGGAACUUUUAAAACAAUCAAGGCCAUGGGUUAACGCAGCUUCACAGAUCUUUAAUUCCAUUGGUAUCGCAUUUGGAUCCAUGAUAAUGUUCGCAUCAUACAACCGCUUUGAUAAUAAUUUUCUGCACGAUACGCUGGCAGUUUCCCUCAUCAAUGCAGUGACUAGUUUGAUAGUUGGAAUCUUCACUUUUGCUACCAUUGGGAACAUUGCUACGGAACAAAACACGAGUGUUAAAGAUGUCAUCGCCGAUAGUCCUGGUCUUCUCUUUGUCGUAUAUCCGCAGGCUAUUGCAAAAAUGCCGGCAUCACAAUUGUGGGCCGUACUAUUUUUCUUCAUGUUCUUAUGCCUCGGAUUAAAUAGUCAGUUUGCAAUCGUAGAAGUGGUAGUUACGUCUAUUCAAGAUGGAUUCCCAGAUAUGAUUCGCAAGCGCCUAGUGUAUCACGAAUUGUUAGUUCUACUUGUUUGUGGUAUUUCUAUGGUCUUCGGUCUUCCUCAUAUAAUCCAGAGUGGGAUAUACCUCUUCCAAUUAAUGGACUACUAUGCAGCAUCUCUGAGUAUCACCUAUCUCGCCUUCUUUGAAGUUGUGGGGAUAGCGUGGUUCUAUGGAGUUGAACGGCUGUCACGUAAUAUCAAGCAGAUGACCGGUCAAAGACCAUCUUUGUACUUCCGCUUUUGUUGGCUGAUAGCUGCACCUGCGCUACUGCUAGCACUUUGGGUUGCAAGUUUAGUCGACUAUACUCCACCAAGUUACCGACAGUAUCAAUAUCCUAUAUGGGCACAGUUUCUAGGUUGGAUUAUCGCAUCUCUCUCGUUGUUGUGUAUACCUGUAUAUGCAAUGGUCAUCAUAAUAAGAUCGCCAGGAAAAUCUUUCGGUGAAAAACUACGUAAUUCCAUACGACCCACGUUUAUGUGCGAUUGUGGUGUGAACGGUUGUGAUAUAUGUUGCUCGGAAUCCGAACCACCUGACGACAAAACAGUCGACUAG